AUGGCGUCGAGCGGAGAAGAUGGGGAGAACGAAUGGACAGCGGCAGUACGACCGCUUUUAUCGGCUUCUUACACCGCUUUUGAAGACGAAGGAGCUACCCCACACUCGUUGGGCUCUAUUAUCAACAGUGAAUCAGAGAUUCUUCACCAUGACAAACAGUAUGAGCCAUUCUACUCAUCAUUCGUGGCCCUCUCGGCACAUUACAUCACCACAGUGUGUGGACAAAUACCAAGGAACCAGCUGCAGUCAGUAGCCUCAGCAUGUAAAGUUCUGAUCGAAUUCUCUCUGCUGCGGCUGGAGAACCCAGACGAAGCAUGCGCAGUUUCGCAGAAACACCUGAUCCUCCUGAUAAAAGGACUCUGCACAGGCUGCAGCAGACUAGACCGCACAGAGAUCAUAACUUUCACUGCAAUGAUGAAGUCUGCCAAGUUGCCUCAAACUGUCAAGACCCUAUCAGACGUGGAGGACCAGAAGGAGCUUCCCAGUGUCCUGAAUCCAGAGCUCCGGCACAAGGAAGUGCAAAUGAACUUUUUCAACCAACUGACUUCAGUUUUUAACCCGGACCUGACGACCCUGCUGUCCUCUCCGUCGGCGUCACACACGCAGGCCGAGAGCGACUGUGACGAGCAAAUGACGACAGAUCAGGCCAUCCAGGCCAAAAUGAAGAACGCCUUUGUCUCUCAGAAUGUGUCCAGUUUACAGGAACUAGGUGGGUCAGAGAAGCUGCUGCGGGUGUGCCUCAACCUGCCCUACUUCCUCCGCUACAUCAACCGCUUCCAGGAUGCUGUAUCAGCCAACUCCUUCUUCAUCAUGCCCGCCACGGUGGCCGACGCCACCGCCGUUCGCAACGGGUUUCAUUCUUUAGUCAUUGACGUGACGAUGGCCCUGGACACACUCUCCCUUCCCGUCCUGGAGCCCCUGACGCCCGGCAGGCUACUGGAUAUGACCGUGCUGGCCCUGAGCUGUCUCUAUGCUGGUGUGAGUGUGGCUACCUGCAUGGCAAUCCUGCAGGUGGGCAGCGGCCUGCAACUCCGCUCAGCCUCCACCGGCAGUAAAGAGGAAGACUACGAGAACGACGCUGCCACCAUCGUGCAGAAAUGUUUGGAGAUCUAUGAAAUGAUUGGACAGGCCAUCAGCAACUCUCGCAGAGCUGGAGGAGAGCACUACCAGAACUUCCAGCUGCUGGGAGCCUGGUGCCUGCUGAACAGCCUGUACCUGAUCCUCAACCUGAGCCCCACCGCCCUGGCCGACAAGGGCAAGGAGAAGGACCCGCUGGCCGCACUGCGCGUGAGGGACAUCGCCGCGCGCACCAAGGAAGGCGCGGGCUCGCCCAAACUGGGCCCCGGCAAAGGGCACCAAGGGUUUGGAGUCCUUUCCGUCAUCCUGGCCAACCACGCCAUCAAACUACUUACCUCCCUGUUCCAAGACCUCCAGGUGGAAGCCCUUCACCGGGCCUGGGCCAGCGACGGGCCCCCAGCAGAGCUCAACAUCAUGGCUCAGAGCACAUCCAUCCAGAGAGUCCAGAGGCUCAUUGACUCUGUGCCGCUGACCAACCUGCUCUUCACCCUGCUCUCAACCUCCUACAAGAAGGCGUGCGUGCUCCAGCGUCAGAGGAAGGGCUCCGUCAGCAGCGACGCAAGCGCCUCCACAGACUCCAACACCUUCUACGAGGACGACUUCAGCAGUACGGAGGAGGACAGCAGCCAAGACGAUGACAGUGAGCCCAUCUUGGGCCUUUGGUUUGAGGAGACGAUCUCCCCCUCCAAAGAGAAGGUGGCGCCUCCACCUCCUCCACCACCCCCACCCCUGGAGACCUCUCCCCGUCUGAAGAGCCCCAGCAAGCACAACCCGAGCGAGAACGGCAACAUCCUGGCGGGCCGCAAAGACCCAGAGCUGUUCCUCGGCCUUGCCUCCAGCAUCCUGAACUUCAUCACCACCUCAAUGCUCAAGUCCAGGAACAACUUCAUCCGCAACUACCUGAGUGUGUCCCUGACGGAGCAGCACAUGGCCACGCUGGCCAGCAUCAUCAAGGACGUUGACAAAGACGUGAAAGGUUCCUCAGAUGAAGUGUUUUCUCUGGCCCUCUACCACUUCAACCACACACUUGUGACCUCAGACCUACCAUCUCCAGCCCUGCAGAGCAUACUGCUUCAACAGCUGGGGGUGGCCCCGUUCUCGGAGGGCCCCUGGCCCCUGUACAUCCACCCCCAGUCCCUUUCGGUGCUCUCCAGGCUGCUCCUGAUAUGGCAGCACAAAGCCACCCUGCAGGGCGAGCCUGACGUGCCCGAGUGCAUCAAAGUCUGGGAACGGUUCCUGGGAACCCUGAAGCAGCACACCAUCCAGGGCUCCGUCCCCGGCGACGAGGACCUCAACGUGGAGCACCUGCAGCUGCUGCUGCUCCUCUUCCACAACCUGUCGGAGGGAGGCCGCCACAUGGUGCUCACCCUGGUGGCCCAGGCCAUCGCCGAGGUGGCCCAGAGCGGAGAGACCCAGCUGAAGGCCGUGCCCCUCAACCUGGCCCGCCUGCUGCUAGUCCUCGACUACAUGCUGCACCACUACUCCAAGACACCCGUGUACCUGUUUGAACAGGUCCAGUACAACCUCCUGACCCCGCCCUCGUCCGGCCCCGGUUCGCCCCAGGACGGAAGCAAGCGGGGCAGCCUCCCUCUCUACUACGGCUUCAAGGAGGUGGAGGAGAACUGGUCCAAACACUGCUCUGCAGAUGCGACUCUACAGCCCAAGUUCUACUGCAUCCUCUCCCCUGAUGCCUCUGAGGACGACCUCAGCCGACUGGACAGCAAGGUGUUUGAGAAGCUGUUCAACAACGCAGUGAAAUACGACGAGCUGUAUUCCUCUCUCAUCUCUCUACUGGCGGCCGGCUCUCAGUUCGACACAGCCCGGAGAGAGGAAAACAAAGCCAUCACACCCAUGGAGGCCUGCUCGCUGCAGUACUACUUCCUGGUCCUGUGGAGGAUCCUGGGGGUGCUGCCCCCGUCCAAGGCCUACGUGGAGCAGCUGAAGAGCGGCUGCAGCGACCCCAGCGAGAGCGACAUUCUCCACACCCUCCGCUGGUCCUCCCGCCUCCGCGUGCCCACCUACGUCACAUGGAUCAAGGAUCACUUGGUCAAGCAGGGGAUGAAGGCGGACCAGGCCUCCCCUCUGGUUGAGCUGACAGCAGCCAGGUGCAGCACGGUCAAAUAUGACGUGGAACUGGCGGAGGAAUACAUCGCAAGACAGAUCUCUGCGUUCUCCGCCGUGGACCCCAGCGCCAUCCUGCCGCUGCACCAGGUGCUCUCCCUGCAGGCCAUCUACACCCUGGACGCCGUCAUCUCCAAGGUCCAGGUGUCCCUGGACGACCACCUGUCCAAGGUCGCCAUGGAGACGGACGCCAACCAGUCCUCCCAGGUCACCAAAAACUUGCUGCCCGCCACCCUUCAGCUCAUCGACGUUUACACGGCGUUCACCAGGUCUUACCUGCUGAUGAGCCUCCCGGAGGAAGGAGACAACAAGCUGACAGACGCCAAGCUCCAGGGUUACGCUGCGGUGCUCUCCAUCGGUUCCACCCGCUGCAAGGCCAACACCCUCGGCAACACUAUUAUGCAGAACCUGCCGUCGGCUGUGCAGACCCUCUGUGAGACCUGGAACAACAUACACACCAAUGAGUUCCCCAACAUCGGCUCUUGGCGCAAUGCCUUCGCCAACGACACCAUCCCCUCCGAGAGCUACAUCAGCGCCAUCCAGGCAGCCCACCUCGGCACACUGAGCUGUCAGUCCCUGGCUCUGGCCCCCUCCCUCAAGCACAUCCUGCUGUCCCUGGUGCGCCUCACUGGGGACCUGAUUGUCACGGAGGAGCUGAACCCCGCCCACGUGGAGCGCUCCCUGCUGCCCCUGCUGCUGGAGAGCAGCACGGAGAGCGUGGCCGAGCUCAGCAGCACCUCGCUGGAGCGCAUCCUGGGGCCCGCCGAGUCGGACGCCUUCCUGGCCCGCAUCUACCAGCGCCUGGUCACCGGCUGCUACAACAUCAUCGCCCACCACUCCGACCCCAACAGUGGUCUGGAUGAGUCUGUGCUGGAAGAAUGCCUGCAGUACCUGGAAAAACAGCUGGAGAACAGCCAGGUCCGCAAGGCCAUGGAAGAAUUCUUCUCCUUCAGCGGGGAACUCGUCCAAAUCAUGAUGGCGACGGCCAAUGAAAACCUGUCCGCCAAGUUCUGCAACCGGGUGCUCAAGUUCUUCACCAAGCUGUUUACGCUCACGGAGAAGAGCCCCAACCCCAGCCUGCUGGUGCUGUGCGGCUCCCUGGCCCAGCUGGCCUGCGUGGAGCCGGCCCGCCUGCAGGCCUGGCUGACCCGCAUGACGGCCACGCCCCCCAAGGACUCGGAGCAUCUGGACGUGGUGCAGGAGAACCGGCAGCUGCUGCAGCUGCUCACGACGCACAUCGUGCGCGACAACAGCCAGGUGGGCGAGGGCGUGUGCACCGUGCUCCUCAGCACACUCAUCCCCAUGGCCACGGAGAUGCUGGCCACCGGCGACGGCACCGGCUUCCCCGAGCUCAUGGUCAUCAUGGCCACGCUGGCCGGCGCCGGCCAGGGGGCGGGGCAUCUGCAGCUGCACCGCGCCGCCACCGAUUGGCUGACCAGAUGCAAGAAGUACCUGACUCAGAAGGAUGUUGUGGAAAAAGUGAGCUCUAAUUUGACCCAGGGCAAGCACGCCAGUAUGCUGGAGUGCUCCUGCCACAUUAUCUCCUACCUGGCGGACGUGAUGAACGCCCUCAGGCUGACCAGCGGACAGAGCUCCUCGGCCCUGCUGGUGGACGGCGAGGAGAAGGCCAUGGAGGUGGACUCGGACUGGGUGGAGGACCUGGCCGUGGAGGACGACGACUCCCAGGCAGAGGACUCUGAUGAAGACUCUCUUUGCAAUAAACUCUGUACCUUCACCAUCACACAGAAGGAGUUCAUGAACCAGCACUGGUACCACUGUCACACCUGUAAGAUGGUGGACGGGGUGGGCGUGUGCACAGUGUGCGCCAAGGUCUGCCACAAAGACCACGAGAUCUCCUACGCCAAGUACGGCUCGUUCUUCUGCGACUGCGGUGCCAAGGAGGAUGGCAGCUGCCAGGCCCUGGUGAAGCGGAGCCCUAGCAGCGGCAUGGGCUCCACGCUGAAGGAGUCGUCGGCCUUCCAGAGCGAGACGCGCACGCCGGACAGCGCCCUGCGCCACCAGAGCGCCUCCCCCUCCGACAAGAGCAAGGCCUCCUCCGGCGACGGCAAGGGGCUGGACGAGGACCGGCCCAAGAAGAGCAGCGUCUGCCGCAGCAUCGAGGGCUGCCAGGAGGAGCUCCUGGCCCAAGUGGUGGGGUCGUCCACAGCAGCGCUGAUCCUAGAGAUGCUCAUCUUCCUCAUGGACGCCAUCCAGACCAACUUCCAGCAGGCCUCCGCCGUGGGCAGCAGCAGCCGGGCCCAGCAGGCCCUCAACGAGCUGCACACCCAGGACAAGAACGUGUCCAUGACCGACCAGCUCAUGGUGCCCACCCUGGGGUCCCAAGAGGGCGCCUUCGAGAACGUGCGCAUGAACUACAGCGGGGACCAGGGCCAGACCAUCCGCCAGCUGAUCAGCGCCCAUGUGCUGCGUCGCGUGGCCAUGUGUGUGCUCUCUUCCCCCCACGGGCGGCGCCAGCACCUGGCCGUCAGCCACGAGAAGGGCAAGAUCACAGUGCUGCAGCUGUCUGCGCUCCUCAAGCAGGCUGACUCCAGCAAGAGGAAGCUGACCCUGACCCGGCUGGCCUCCGCCCCGGUCCCCUUCACCGUGCUCAGCCUCACAGGGAACCCCUGCAACGAGGACUACCUGGCUGUGUGCGGCCUCAAGGACUGCCACGUGCUGACGUUCAGCAGUACCGGCUCUGUGUCGGACCACCUGGUCCUCCACCCACAGCUGGCCACCGGUAACUUCAUCAUCAAGGCCAUCUGGCUGCCGGGCUCCCAGACGGAGCUCGCCAUCAUCACCGCCGACUUUGUCAAGAUCUACGACCUGUCGUCGGACGCCCUCAGUCCCAUGUACUACUUCCUGCUGCCCAGCUCCAAGAUCCGCGACGCCACCUUCCUCUUCAACGAGGAGGGCAAGAACAUCAUCGCCAUCAUGUCGUCGGCGGGCUACAUGUACACCCAGGUGAUGGAGGAGUCCAGCAGCGCCCAGCACGGCCCCUUCUACGUCACCAACGUUCUGGAGAUCAGCCACGAUGACCUCAAGGACACCAACGGUCAGGUGGCGGGCGGCGGUGUGUCUGUGUACUACUCCCACGUGCUGCAGAUGCUGUUCUUCAGCUACAGCCAGGGCAAGUCCUUCGCUGCCACCGUGAGCCGCAGCACCACGGAGGUCCAGAGGCUCUUCACCAUCAACAUCAAAGGGUCCAACGGGGGGAGCAGCAAGGUGUCCCCAGCCCUGUGCCAGUGGUCCGAGGUGAUGAACCACCCGGGGCUGGUGUGCUGCGUUCAGCAGACCACCGGGAUCCCUCUGGUGAUCAUGGUGAAGCCGGACACCUUCCUCAUCCAGGAGAUCAAGACCCUGCCGGCCAAGGCCAAGAUCCAGGACAUGGUGGCCAUCCGCCACACGGCCAGCAGCGAGCAGCAGCGCACAACCAUGAUCCUGUUGUGUGAGGACGGCAGCCUGCGCAUCUACAUGGCCAACGUGGACAACACCUCCUACUGGCUGCAGCCCUCCCUGCAGCCCAGCUGUGGCGUCAGCAUCAUGAAGCCUGUCCGCAAGCGCAAGGCCGCCGCCGCCACAACACGGACCUCCAGCCUGGUGACGUUCCCCGUGGACUUCUUUGAACACAACCAGCAGCUGACAGAGGUGGAGUUCGGAGGCAACGACCUGCUGCAGGUGUACAACGGACAGCAGAUCAAACACCGACUCAACUCCACCGGGAUGUACGUGGCCAACACCAAGCCCGGAGGCUUCACAGUGGAGGCAGUGAACAACAACAGCUCCAUGGUGAUGACGGGCAUGCGGGUGCAGCUGGGCAGCCAGGCCAUCGAGCGCGCGCCCUCCUACCUGGAGAUCUUCGGCCGCACCAUGCAGGUCAACCUGACGCGAGCCCGCUGGUUCGAUUUCCCCUUCACCCGGGAGGAGGCCCUGCAGGCCGACAAGAAGCUAUGCAUCUUCAUCGGAGCCUCGGUCGACCCCGCCGGCGUCACCAUGCUGGACUCCAUCAAGGUCUACGGCAAGACCAAGGAGCAGUUCGGCUGGCCGGAGGAGCCCCCGGAGGACUUCUCCUCCCCCGCCUCCGCCAACAACGUCUGCAGCCCCAACCUCAACCAGGGCAACGGGGCCUCGGACGGAGACGUGGUCACACCCACCGCCACCAGCGGCACCGUGCUGGAGAGGUUGGUGGUGAGCUCGCUGGAAGCCCUGGAGAGCUGCUUCGCUGUGGGCUCGUCCAAUGAAAAGGAGAAGAACAAGGCAGCAGCGUUGGAGCUGGCCACCCUGCUGCUGUCCAUGCCCACCCCCGCUGGCGUGCAGCAGCAGACCAAGGGGCUGCUGGCCAGCCUGCACACCAACCGCACCGCCUACCACAACCACAAGGACCAGUCGUUGCUAGGCAACGCUGUGCAGUGUCUGAACGGCUGCAGCCGCGAGGGCAGGGAGCUGGACCCGGAUGUGUUCCAGAGGUUGGUGAUCACGGCCCGCUCCAUAGCCAUCAUGAGACCCAGCAACCUGGUCCACUUCACCGAGACCAAACCACUGCAGGAGGCCGAUAUGGCAGAAGAUGCACAGAAGUUGAUGGAUGGAGAGAGUGAUAACUUCAUCAUGCAACUGGUGAACAACUUCUGGAAACUCCACGCACUCAAACCCAAGAACGCCUUCCUGGCUCCCGCCUGCUUGCCCGGCCUGACUCACAUUGAAGCCACAGUGAACGCCUUGGUGGACAUCAUCCAUGGCUAUUGCACAUGUGAACUGGACUACAUCAAUGUGGCCUCCAAGAUCUACAUGCAGAUGUUGCUGUGUCCGGACACCUCUGUUAGCUUUGCGUGCAAGCAGGCGCUGGUUCGAGUCCUGCGCCCGAGGAACAAGCGUCGCCACGUGACCCUCCCCUCUCCUCCACGCUCCAACACGCCCAUGGGAGACAAAGACUACGACGAUGACGACGAUCCCGAUGACAAGAUCCAGUCGUCGGUUCUGACCGGAGGCAGCGAGGGCAGGAGAGAGAGCCAGGAGCAGAACGAGGUGGACCACGGAGACUUCGAGAUGGUGUCUGAGUCCAUGGUGCUGGAGACGGCGGAGAACGUGAACAACGGGAACCCGUCCCCCCUGGAGGCUCUGCUGGCCGGCGCCGAGGGCUUCCCCCCCAUGCUGGACAUCCCCCCGGACGCAGACGACGAGACCAUGGUGGAGCUGGCCAUAGCCCUCAGCCUGCAGCAGGACCAGCAAGGGAGCAGCAGCAGUGCCCUGGGCCUCCAGAGUCUGGGUCUCUCCGGCCAGGCCCCCAGCUCCUCAUCACUGGAUGCAGGCACCCUGUCAGACACCACCGCCUCAGCCCCGGCCUCGGACGACGAGGGCAGCACGGCCGCCACGGACGGCUCCACGCUGCGGACCUCCCCUGCUGAGCACGGGGGCAGCGUGGGCUCGGAGAGCGGAGGGUCUGCCGUCGACUCGGUAGCUGGAGAGCACAGUGUGUCCGGCCGCAGCAGUGCGUACGGCGACCCCACCGUGGAGGGCCACCCCGCGGGGCCCGGCAGCGUGAGCUCCAGCACGGGGGCCAUCAGCACCACGGCCGCCCAGCAGGAGGGAGACGGCUCCGAGGGGGAGGUGGAGAACGAGGGGGACGUCACCACCAGCAACAGGCUGCACAUGGUCCGCCUGAUGCUGCUGGAGCGUCUGCUGCAGCACCUGCCCCAGCUGCACAACGUGGGCGGGGUGCGCGCCAUCCCCUACAUGCAGGUCAUCCUCAUGCUGACCUCCGACCUGGACGGAGAGGACGACAAGGACAAGGGGGCUCUGGACGAUCUGCUGGCCCUGCUCAUCGCCGAGCUCGGCAUGCACAAAAAGGACGUGUCCAAGAAGAACGAGCGCAGCGCCAUCAACGAGGUCCACCUGGUCAUCAUGAGGCUCCUCAGUGUGUUCAUGUCUCGCACCAAGUCUGGCUCCAAGGCCUCCUCUGAGUCGUCGUCUCUGAUCUCCAACGCCACGGCCACGGCCCUGCUCAGCCUGGGCUCCAUCGACUACUGCCUCCACGUGCUCAAGUCCCUGCUGGAGUUCUGGAAGAGCCAGCAGGGCGAGGAGGAGCCUGUGGCCGCCAGCCAGCUCCUGAGACCCCACACGGCCACCUCGCCCCCUGACAUGAGCCCCUUCUUCCUGCGACAAUACGUCAAGGGCCACGCGGCUGAUGUGUUUGAGGCGUACUCUCAGCUCCUGACGGAGAUGGUGCUCCGGCUGCCCUACCAGAUCAAGAAGAUCGCCGACACCAACCCCCGCAUCCCGGCCCCGGUCUUCGACCACUCCUGGUUCUACUUCCUGUCUGAGUACCUGAUGAUCCAGCAGACUCCCUUCGUGCGGAGGCAGGUGCGCAAGCUGCUGCUCUUCAUCUGCGGCUCCAAGGAGAAGUACCGCCAGCUGCGGGACCUGCACACGCUGGACUCCCACGUGCGCGCCAUCAAGAAGCUCCUGGAGGAGCAGGGCAUCUACCUGCGGGCCGGCGUGCUCACAGCCACCUCGGGCUCUGCCCUGCAGUACGACACGCUCAUCAGCCUGAUGGAGCACCUCAAGGCCUGCGCCGAGAUCGCCACUCAAAGGACCAUCAACUGGCAGAAGUUCUGCAUGAAGGAUGACUCCGUGCUGUACUUCCUGCUGCAGGUCAGCUUCCUGGUGGACGAGGGCGUGUCUCCGGUGCUCCUGCAGCUGCUAUCCUGCGCGCUGUGUGGCAGCAAGGUGCUCGCCACCUCUUCCUCCUCCUCCUCUUCCUCCUCAGGGGGAGGAGGAGGAGGGUCAGGGGGAGGUGGGGGGCCACCCGGAGGCUCCCAGCCCUCCCAGACCAAGUCCUCCAGCAAGAAGAGCAAGAAGGAGGACAAGGAGAAGGACAAGGACGGUGAAGGGGUGGGCAGCCAGGAGGACCAGCUGUGCAUGGCUCUGGUCAGCCAGCUCAACAAAUUCGCCGACAAGGAGACCCUGAUCCAGUUCCUACGCUGCUUCCUGCUGGAGUCCAACUCCUCGGCUGUGCGCUGGCAGGCCCACUGUCUGGCCCUGCACAUCUACAGGAACUCCAGUAAGUCUCAGCAGGAGCUGCUGCUGGAGCUGACCUGGGCCAUCUGGCCAGAGCUCCCCGCCUACGGCCGCAAAGCCGCCCAGUUUGUGGACCUGCUGGGAUACUUCUCCCUCAAGACGCCUCAGACCGAGAAGAAGCUUAAGGAAUAUUCCCAGAAAGCUGUGGAGAUCCUGAGGACACAGAACCACAUACUGACCAACCACCCCAACUCCAACAUCUACAACACUCUGUCUGGGUUGGUGGAGUUUGACGGGUUCUUCCUGGAGAGUGACCCCUGCCUGGUCUGCAACAACCCAGAAGUCCCCCUCUCUAACAUCAAGCUGUCCUCGAUCAAAGUGGACACGCGCUACACCACCACCCAGCAGGUGGUGAAGUUGAUCGGCAGCCACACCAUCAGCAAGGUGACAGUGAAGAUAGGGGACCUGAAGCGCACCAAGAUGGUCCGCACCAUCAACCUCUACUACAACAACAGGACGGUGCAGGCCAUCGUGGAGCUCAAGAACAAGCCGGCCCGCUGGCACAAGGCCAAGAAGGUGCAGCUGACCCCGGGCCAGACGGAGGUGAAGAUCGACCUGCCGCUGCCCAUCGUGGCGUCCAACCUGAUGAUCGAGUUCUCGGACUUCUACGAGAACUACCAGGCGUCCACGGAGACGCUGCAGUGCCCCCGCUGCAGCGCCUCCGUGCCGGCCAACCCGGGCGUGUGUGGGAACUGCGGGGAGAACGUGUACCAGUGCCACAAGUGCAGGUCCAUCAAUUACGACGAGAAGGACCCCUUCCUGUGCAACGCCUGUGGUUUCUGCAAAUAUGCCCGCUUUGACUUCAUGCUGUACGCCAAACCCUGCUGCGCUGUGGAUCCCAUCGAGAACGAGGAGGACAGGAAGAAGGCUGUGACCAACAUCAACACUCUGCUGGAUAAGGCCGACCGGGUGUAUCACCAGCUGAUGGGCCACCGGCCCCAGCUGGAGAGCCUUCUGUCCAAGGUCAACGAGGCCGCACCAGAAAAACCUCAGGACGACUCUGGAGCCGGGGGGGGACUGGGAGCCACGUCGGCCAACGUCAACCGCUACAUCCAGCAGCUGGCCCAGGAGUACAGCGGAGACUGCAAGACCUCCUUCGACGAGCUCUCCAAGAUCAUACAGAAGGUCCUGGCGUCCCGUAAGGAGCUCCUGGAGUACGACCUCCAGCAGCGCGAGGCGGCCACCAAGUCGUCCCGCAGCGGCGGCAGCCAGCCCACCUUCACCGCCAGCCAGUACCGCGCCCUCUCCGUGCUGGGCUGCGGCCACACCUCCUCCAACAAGUGCUACGGCUGCGCUUCGGCCGUCACAGGCCACUGCAUCACGCUGCUGCGCGCCCUCGCCACCAACCCCGCCCUGCGGCAGAUCCUGGUCCUCCAGGGGCUAAUCCGGGAGCUGUUUGAGUACAACCUGCGGCGGGGCACGGCCUCCAUGCGGGAGGAGGUGCGGCAGCUGGUCUGCCUCCUCACCAGGGAUCACCCAGAAGCCACUCAGCAGAUGAAUGACCUCAUCAUCGCCAAAGUGUCUUCUGCCCUGAAAGGACACUGGGCAAAUCCAGAUCUGGUCAGUAAUCUGCAGUAUGAGAUGCUGCUGCUGACGGACUCCAUCUCUAAAGAGGGCGGCUGCUGGGAGCUCAGGCUGCGUUGUGCCCUCAGUCUGUUCCUCAUGUCUGUGAACAUCAAGACGCCCGUGGUGGUGGAGAACAUCACCCUGAUGUGUCUCAGGAUCCUGCAGAAGCUCAUCAAGCCCCCUGCUCCCACCAGCAAGAAGAACAAGGAUGCUGCCGUGGAGUCUCUGACCACAGUGAAGCCCUACAGCAAUGAGAUCCACGCCCAGGCCCAGCUCUGGCUCAAGAAGGACCCCAAAGCGUCCUACGAAGCCUGGAAGAAGUGCCUCCCAGCUCGUUGCCAGGAGGCGGUGUCCAAACCCCAGAGCAAGGUGGAGCUGCGGAGGCAGUACCUCCUGGAGAAGUACGUGUGGAAGUGGAAGCAGUUCAUGAGGGCCCGGACCGAGGGCCUGUUCCCCCGCCUGCUCAAACUCAGCCACAACAACUGGCUGCGGCAGGUGCUCUUCACGCCUGCCACCCAAGCAGCGAGACAGGCCGCAUGUACCAUCGUGGAGGCCCUCACUACCAUACCCAGCCGCAAGCAGCAAGUCCUGGACCUGCUCACCAGCUACCUGGAUGAGCUGAGUGUGGCAGGGGAGUGUGCGGUGGAGUACCUGGGUCUGUACCAGAAGCUCAUCAAGCCAGCCCACUGGAAGGUGUACCUUGCUGCCCGUGGGGUCCUGCCCUACAUCGGCAACCUCAUCACCAAGGAGAUCGCCAACCUGCUGUCUCUGGAAGAAGCUACGCUGAGCACUGACCUCCAGCAAGGCUACGCCCUCAAGAGUUUGACAGGUCUGCUGUCGUCGUUUGUGGAGGUGGAUUCCAUCAAGCGGCACUUCAAGAGCCGGCUGGUGGGCACGGUGCUCAACGGCUACCUGUGCCUGAGGAAGCUGGUCGUCCAGCGCACCAAGCUCAUCGACGAGACCCAGGACAUGCUGCUGGAGAUGCUGGAGGACAUGACCACAGGAACGGAGUCUGAGACCAAGGCCUUCAUGGCGGUGUGCAUCGAGACCGCCAAGCGCUACGACCUGGACGACUACCGGACACCCGUGUUCAUCUUUGAGCGGCUGUGCAGCAUCAUCUACCCUGAGGAGAACGAGGUGACGGAGUUCUUCGUGACCCUGGAGAAGGACCCCCAGCAGGAGGACUUCUUGCAGGGCCGCAUGCCAGGGAACCCGUACAGCAGCAACGAGCCGGGCAUCAGGCCCCUGAUGAGGGACAUCAAGAACAAGAUCUGCCAGGACUGUGACCUGGUGGCCCUGCUGGAGGACGACAGUGGCAUGGAGCUUUUGGUGAACAACAAAAUCAUCAGCUUGGACCUGUCUGUCGCUGAGGUCUACAAGAAGGUGUGGUGCCCCACCAAUGAGGGUGAACCAAUGAGAAUCAUCUACCGCAUGAGAGGCCUUCUGGGUGACGCUACCGAGGAGUUCAUUGAGUCGCUGGACUCGACCACAGACGAAGAGGAGGAUGACGAGGAGGUGUACAAGAUGGCGGGUGUGAUGGCCCAGUGUCGGGGGCUGGAGUGUAUGCUGAACCGCCUGUCGGGAAUCAAAGACUUCAAACAAGGGAGGCACCUUCUCACCGUGCUGCUGAAGCUGUUCAGCUACUGUGUGAAGGUAAAGGUGAACCGACAGCAGCUGGUCAGACCAGAGAUGAACACACUCAACGUCAUGCUGGGAACGCUCAACCUGGCCCUGGUAGCGGAGCAGGAGAGCAAGGACAGCGGCGGGGCGUCCAUAGCGGAGCAGGUCCUGAGCAUCAUGGAGAUCAUCCUGGAUGAAGCCAACGCUGAGAUCUCAGAGGACAAGAGUAACCUGCUGCUGACGGGCGAUAAGGACCAGCUGGUGAUGCUGCUGGACCAGAUCAACACUCCCUUUGUGCGCUCCAACCCCAGCGUCCUGCAGGGCCUGCUGCGCAUCAUCCCCUACCUGUCCUUCGGCGAGCUGGAGAAGAUGAGAAUCCUGGUGGAGCGAUUCAAGCCCUGCUGCAGCUUCGACAAGUACGAUGAGGAGCACAGUGCGGACGACAAGGUCUUCCUCGACUGCUUCUGCAAGAUCGCCGCGGGAAUCAAGAACAACAGCAACGGCCAUCAGCUGAAGGACCUAAUUCUCCAGAAGGGGAUCAGCCAAAGUGCCCUGGACUACAUGAAGAAACACAUCCCUAAUGCCAAAAAUCUGGACGCUGACGUGUGGAAGAAGUUCCUCUCCAGACCAGCACUGCCUUUCAUCUUGAGACUCCUCCGAGGGCUCGCUACCCAGCACCCCCCCACCCAGGCACUGAUCGGUACGGACUCCAUCACCAACCUCCACAAGCUGGAGCAGGUGUCGAGUGACGAGGGCAUCGGCACGCUGGCAGAGAACCUGCUGGAGGCGCUGCGCGAGCACGCCAACGUCAACCUGAAGAUCGACGCCGCCCGCCGAGAGACCCGCGCCGAGAAGAAACGCAUGGCCAUGGCCAUGAGGCAGAAGGCCCUGGGCACGCUGGGCAUGACCACCAACGAGAAGGGUCAGGUGGUGACCAAGACUCCCCUGCUGAAGCAGAUGGAGGAGCUGAUCGAGGAGCCAGGGCUGACCUGCUGCAUCUGUAGAGAGGGCUAUAAGUUCCAGUCUACCAAGGUGCUGGGUAUCUACACCCACACCAAGCGGGUCACCCUGGAGGAGUUUGAGAAUAAGCCCAGGAAACAGCAGGGCUACAGCACCGUGUCGCACUUUAACAUAGUCCACUACGACUGUCACCUGGCUGCGGUCAGGCUGGCCCGUGGGAGAGAGGAGUGGGAGAGCGCUGCGCUCCAGAACGCCAACACCCGGUGUAACGGGCUGCUCCCGGUGUGGGGCCCACAGGUACCAGAGUCGGCCUUCGCUACCUGCUUAGCAAGGCACAACACGUACCUGCAGGAGUGCACGGGCCAGCGGGAGCCCACCUACCAGCUCAACAUCCACGACACCAAGCUGCUGUUCCUGCGCUUCGCCACGGAGCAGUCCUUCAGCGUGGACUCGGGCGGAGGCGGGCGCGAGAGCAACAUCCACCUCAUCCCCUACAUCCUCCACACGGUGCUCUACGUCCUCAACACCACGAGGGCCACGUCGCGGGAGGAGAAGAACCUGCAGAGCUUCCAGGAGCAGCCGUGUGAGAAGUGGGUGGAGAGCUCCUACGAGGUGGACGGCCCGCACUACUUCUGCAUCCUGGCCAUGCACGUGCUGCCCCCCGAGCGCUGGAGGUCCUGCCGCCUCCACUUCCUGCGCCGGCUCCUGAUCGCCGCGCACUCCCGCAAGCUGUCCCCCGCCCCCACCACCAAACUCUCAGAUAAAUCACCAAAGGAGUACGCCGUGUACCGCUCUCCUGUCCUCUUCUGGGGUCUGGUGGACCUGGUCUACGACAUGUUCAGGAAGGUACCCACCAGCAACACAGAGGGCGGCUGGUCCUUCUCCCUGGCCGAGUACGUGCGUCACAACGACAUGCCCAUCUACGAGGCCUCCGACCGCGUGCUCCGAACCUUCCAGGACGAACUCAUGCCCGCAGAGUCCUUCUCCGAAUUCCUGGACGUCGUAGGUCUGCUCACGGACAUCCCGGAACCGGAUCUCUUCCUGCAGGAUCUGUUGAACUCUGUGCCCUGAACAGCACCCACCCACCCACCACCCGACUAGUCUCACACCAACUUUACUAAUGACACCCGAGGACAGCUCUGACUCAGACACACACACACACACACACACACACACACACACACACACACACACACACACACACACACACACACACACACACACACACACACACACACACACACACACACGGACACAAAUACUGUGCUUCUCUCACUCUGUUGACCCCUGCUGAUUAAUUUAAAGCAGAAACUAUGUGUAGAACUAUGAAAUUCAUCCAUCUAUGGCAACCUUGAAGUCUAACGCGAUACUAAACCGUAACACAGAUCAGGGGCCCGAGCCCCCCCCCCCCCCCCCACAUGGCCACCAUGGCCCGUCAGUCUGGAUGUUGUGAACAUGAUGCGGGCAGAUUUCCUUUCUUUCUCUGUGAGAUAAUCCAUAAAAACAUUAUUUAAUGUAAGCAAAGAAGAGACUUGAAUCGCAGGUCUCUGGCAUAUUCUGGCCUUAUUUCUGUUUUCUUCACUACUCGCUGUUCAUAAACGGUCACCAUAUGGUGACUAUUACGGCACUUUCCGCAGUUCUGGCCCCGGAUGGAAAAUGUAAGCACUCAUGUUCACAACAUACUCUGGGCAUUGGAUUACCACACGUUGUAUUUCAGUGCGUUCGUCGUUGUUUUCGGGUGCAAUCUUUACGGUAACUUAAAAAAGGAAAAAAAAGACCAUUGCUUGGCGAUUUGACCACAUAUUUAGAGAGUGGCAUUUGUUUUAACCAUUUUUUUGUUUGGUUUGUAGAAGUUUGUUUUUGGUUUUGGUUCUGUUUUGUUUUUUCUUUUUAAUGGUGACGCGUCACGCGGCUGUGAUCGAAGUUUUCGUUUUAUUUUGUUUUGCAGUUGGUCUUUAUGUAGGUUCUAACUGGAAUGUGAAUGAUUGGCAGAUGAGUAACGUUUUGCUUGAGUGCAUGUGUAACGUGUCUUUUAUCGAUCGCAGAAGCGAAUGGAGCGAAAGAUGAAUAAAAGAGGGGUUUAAAUUUUUUUGUUUUCUCUAUUCUUUUUGUUGCGAAGAAGCCAUCUUUUGGUGACGGAGGAGCUUGUGAACGAUUCCAUCUCGUGCGAUGAAACAUCUGACCUGACUAAAAUGAAGAAUAAAUGGACCUGCGUUCUUUUCCUUUUAUUGUUUAGUUUGAAUAUUCCAACGACGGCCCACUGUCUCGAUCACUCUGCUAAUCGCAUUUUAUACUAAUGGAUCUACUACCAUGGUGACACUCCUGUCAGCCCCCCACCACACCACCCAGAGCAGGUUCCUCAUAAGCAAAGUGCCGCUGAGUUUGCACCGUCAGCGAAAAAUAAACUCUUUAGACGCCGGUUACAAAGUGGCGUCCCUGUACAUGUCCGAAUGCAUGGUGUGGAGUUCAGCCAGUUUCUUGUUCAUUUGCCUAUUUCCCGCUGCUAUAAUGUCCAACUGUCGCUGAAUGUGUGCUUUUUGGAUCUAGCCUAUGAUUAAUAAAGUCGUAAUAACUAUCCGCUGUCCUGACGCUGUAACCUCUUCUUCCUGCCGGGCAAAGUGACCUUUUGCGUGUUUACGGUGUAAUGGGUGGCGAGUGUAUUAGGCUUGCGAUAGUUGCAUCACCGAUCUGCAAGCUCAUGUUUUAUUUACUCUGGCCUAUGCGUCAGGUCUCCUGUUCAGACAGAUUUCGAGCAGACCUGGCACGGGUCCGUCUAAAAUGGGACUGGUUGGCAUUGUUGUGUCUC